AGCACAUGUGUCCGUUAAAAAGAAAACAAUCGUUGUGGUGAUGUCUCGAUUAUUGCUUCAGUGUUUACGACACAUACAUAAUGCUGGUGACACGCAGUUACAUUCGCGUGUAUAUAGAGGUAAACAUUUGUUAUCGAACUCAUUGAACACACUUUCUGGGUGUUAUAGGGAAAGACUCAACAAAUUAUGUAAGUUGCAUCAGAACACAGACCUCAUUCGUGGAUGUGUUAACGCAAACCCAUGUACCUCUCUACAAAUUAGACGAUUGUCAUCCAGCUGUGUGUACCGGAAAGACGAAAAAACAUCUUUCCAUGAUAAAGGGACAUCUUCAUUGGGACAAAUACAAGGAAAACUCCUAAUAAAGUAUACGUGUAAAGUAUGUAGUACAAAAAUGCAACACACGUUCUCAAAACAUUCAUAUCAGAAAGGAGUUGUCAUCGUGACGUGUUCGGGAUGUAACAAUCACCAUUUACUCGCUGACAACCUCGGCUGGUUUCAGGAUGUUGGUAAAAGAAACAUAGAAGAAAUAUUAGCGGAGAAGGGAGAGAAAGUGAGGAGGCUAUCAGCAGAUGGCAGUUCCAUAGAAGUCAAUUCGUCAGAAUUAGAAAAUGGAGACAGAUGAAUUCACCAGAUAGAUCGGAUAUGUGAUGUGAAUAUGACAAAAGUUGUUGAUACACUUAAUAAAUUAUAUAACAACUUUUAAUUUGUACAAUGUAUAUUUUUUGUAUGAAAAAAUAAAAUGCUUACAUAUUGUGUU